UUAGCUCUGUCUUAAAGAGUUCAGUCUCUUGGCUGCAUAGGCAGAGCGUGCAGCACCUGUCUGUCAGUAUGAGAGAGAUCAUGUUGGAGAGGAGAGCUCAAGGUGUGGAGUCUCUUAGUCUCUGAAGUUUCCUCCUGGAAAGGAAAUGAUUUGUGUGUGUCUGCGAUUCGAAGGAUUUGGCUCUAAUGUUGGUUAUCUAUUGUGAAAAUUGUGUGGAAUCUGCUAGGGCUGCCACACAACAAAUAGUAUUUUUUAUUGGUACUGCUUGACUGGAGGGGACUUGGUAAACCAUGAAAAUGGACAUGGAGGGAGCUGAUAUGACGCUCUGGACAGAGGCUGAGUUUGAAGAGAAAUGCACCUACAUAGUGAAGGAUCACCAAUGGGACAGCUCCUUGGAUGGGACUCAGCUCAAGCAGGCACAGGCAUCCCUGCCCAGAAAUCUCCUUUUCAAAUAUGAUUCUGUCAGCAAAAAGGUGAUCGGAGUUUUUAGCAAAGAGUAUAUUCCAAAAGGAACAAGGUUUGGCCCGUAUAUUGGGGAAAGUUACACAAUUGACACCGUUCCCGAGAAAGCAGACAGAAACUACUUUUGGCGGAUUUAUUCAAAUGGGGAGUUUCACCACUACAUUGAUGGGUACAAUGAAGAUAAAAGCAACUGGAUGCGCUAUGUCAACCCAGCACACUCUCUUCACAAGCAGAAUCUGGCUGCCUGUCAAAAUGGCAUGGAUAUUUAUUUCUAUACCAUUAUGCCUAUCCCAGCGGAUCAUGAACUGCGAGUGUGGUACUCCCGGGACUUUGCGAAGAGACUUAAUUAUCCUCUGUGCAAUGAUGUUUUGACAAAUCUCCAGCAAAGUCUUUCUAUUACGGAGGAUCAAAUGUCCGAUAAAGUGGGCAUCAAAAAGAGCACCCCUAAAAAGGAGCACAGUGUGGAAGAGAUUCUUAAAGACACACCACAUCAACCAAAAAUAAAGAAUUUUCCUCUGAACAAUAUUGUUGCAGUUUCUCCAGGAAAAGAUACAGUGGACUUACGUAAAAACUGUAGCCCAGAGAAACCUUUAAUUCCACGUGUUGUCUAUCCAUUCCAGAGUCACGUACAUGAAGACUACUUAAAGCCUUCUCUUGGAUACACAUUUGAGAGAAACAAUUAUUUUGUGCAUUCUCCAACUCAGCCAUCCACAACACCAAGCCCUUCAUCAAGAGGCAGUCCAGAUCAAAGCUAUAAAAGCUCCAGUCCACACAGCAGCCCUGGGUCUUCAGUUUCACCUCCACAUUUGUCACAAGAACACAGAGAAUUGUAUCCGUUCUUGAACAGACCAUAUUUCACCGAAGCAAUGGGAUCCCUACAUGGUUAUCCAUCUCCAACCAGUCAUCUUCCACAGACAUUUUUACCAGCCUAUAACUCUUCAUAUCCAAAGUUCUUGUUACCUUCCUACAGCAUUGGUUGCAAUGGCUUAAAUGCAUUAAACAACAUUAAUGCCAUGAAUAAUUUCAAUCUCCUUCCGAGAAUGUACCCUGUUUACAGCAAUAUAAUCGGUGGUGGAAAUAUCUCUCAUCACAUGCUUAAUCAGGCUAGCCUCCCGGGUUCUUUGGUUCAUGAAGGCAGUCGUAGACUAAUACAACCUGAACAGCCACGAGACUUUCUUAUCCCUGCACCCAAUAGUGCCUUCUCAAUUACAGGAGCUGCUGCUAGCAUGAGGGACAAGCAAAUAAGUCCAACAAGUGGGUCACCUACUGCUGGCACAGCGGCAACUGAGCAUGUAAUGCAACCAAAAUCUACCUCAGCUGUGAUGACCACAAGCACCGAAGAAGCCAUCAAUCUCAUUAAGAGCAAGAGAACCAUGACUGGUUAUAAGACUCUUCCAUACCCCUUGAAGAAGCAGAAUGGCAAGAUCAAAUAUGAGUGUAAUGUUUGCACAAAAACAUUUGGACAACUCUCAAAUCUUAAGGUGCAUCUUCGGGUACACAGUGGUGAGCGGCCAUUCAAAUGCCAGACCUGCAACAAAGGAUUCACACAACUGGCACAUCUACAGAAGCACUUUUUGGUACACACAGGGGAGAAGCCUCAUGAAUGUCAGGUAUGUCAUAAACGGUUCAGCAGCACAAGCAAUUUAAAAACUCAUUUGCGGCUCCAUUCUGGGGAGAAACCCUACCAGUGCAAGCUGUGCCCUGCAAAAUUUACUCAGUUUGUUCAUCUCAAACUCCACAAACGUCUUCACACAAGAGAACGGCCUCAUAAGUGUAUUCAUUGUCAGAAGAGUUACAUCCACUUAUGCAGCCUCAAUUUGCACAUGAAAUUAAUUUGUCCCUUAUCUCCAAGGUCUGGUUUGACCAGAGAGGAACUUACUCGUCUCAAUGAAGAGAUUGAGAAGUUUGAUAUCAGUGACAGUGCAGACAGAUUAGAUGACCUGGAAGAUAUGGACAUGUUGUCUACUUUGGAAAAUGAAAUGAUGUCUCUUCUUAGGAGAGAGAUCGAAGGUGCAAGUAUAGCAAGGAACACCGGAAAUGGUCUUCACAUGUCUUGUCGUACCUUUUAUGAACAUUCAGACAAGGUGAUUAAGGGAAAUAACGAGCUUUGUGGCAGCUUCAUGUUGCCAGUCAAGGUUAAACAGGAAUCCAUUGAUCAAACAGACUCUUAACUGACAGAACAAGUGUUAUUCAUUGGACGUCAAGGAUCACGGCGCAGUUUGUAGUCUUUUUUUUUUUUUUAUUUGUUUGUUGCACUGCCGCAUAGAACCUUGAAAUUUCCACGUCUCUUAGAUUAACCUUAUCACCACGAAUGAACUCCUGUAUUCUCAGGGCAAAAGACAAACCAGGGACCCGAAUAUCCCUUUUCACUUAAUAUUAUUAAAAGACAAUCAUUUAUCCAUAAUUAUUUGUCAUUUAAAAAAAGUACAUAAUUUAUUAUGCAAUGUAUCAUUCUAAAAGCAAUAAUUACCUAAUGUUUACAAUGACAGGAAAAACAAUCUCAUUGUAAUUUGUCUAUCUAUAAAGAUGCAUAUAUGUUUAUGUACAUAAUUUUCAUGUGGCCAUUGAAAUGUAGAUAUUCUCGGCAGGUUUCUUUGUUUUUGGUUUUUAACUUAAGAAAUGUUUAAAGACAAAAGUUUAGAAUUUCCAAACCAAUGAACAACAUAUUGUUGCCAAA